CUGUAGCGCUUCUACAUUAAAACGCGUGAACGCGCGUCCGAUGCUGCCUUUAUGAAACGCGGAGGCGCGCCGGAACCAAUUGUUGUCUCGUUGUAGCCGGGGACCAGUUUGACAGACGGACGGCCCGGUUGGUUGCUAUGGAAACCGUUAAUCAUAGAGCAGCUAACGCUAAGGAAGUUUUAGUUUUAGAGGGAAUAAAGUCGUUAAAUGGACGUUAUGUUGAUUGUUAACGGGUUUUUAAUAGUUUAAUAGUUUAAUAUUCGGGCUGAGACUGUGGAGGAGAGUUAUGAACCCGAACCUUUAAAUACUGAAGCUCUUUUAUCUGAUUUUAGUCUAAGAAUGCGGCGAAAGCUAAAUAUGCUAUAUUAUGGUGUAUUCUAGUCCCACCAUGCACUCGAAGGGGGACCAGAGAGGACUGGGAGACCUGGAGGCCCGGCUGGCCAGGAAUGAGAAGGAGCAGAAGGAGCUCCUGGUGGCCAGAAGUCAUCACCUGGAGAGUUCCCUCAGAACGGCCCAGCAGGAGGUCUGCUCCCUCAGAGAGCGUUACCAGCAGCUGAGGGAGGAUUUCCAGUUUAACCUGGUGAUCCUGGACCAGCGAGACAGAGAGCUGGAGAGUUAUGAUGUCAGAACCGCCACCGCUCUGACCGCACAGCACAACAGGCAGGAGGAGCUGCACCGUCUGCGUCUGCAGCUAGCCGAGCUGCAGACGCAGACGGCCAGAGAGACGCAGAAGAGGCAGGAAGAUGCUGCUCAACAUCAGCUGCAGCUGGAUGAGCUCAAGUGCUCUAUGGCUGGUGAAAUUCAAAAGCAAAGAGAGGAGUAUGAGAGGAAGGAACGGGAGAUGAAGCGCAGGAUACAAGAGGUGGAAACACAGCUGACUCUACAGAGACAGGAGAUGACAGCAGCUUUUGACAGUGAGCUCCGACAGCAGGAACAUGAAUUCAUCCUGAAAACAGACGAGAUGCACGCUGAGGUGUUAUCUCGUGGUCUGAAGGUGGAUCUGCUCUCUAAAGAGACUGAGGUUCUCCUCCAGACUCACCAUCAGACCUCUGAGGCUCUAAAGGCUUCAAAGGAUUUCUGUCAAGAGAUCCAGAACCAACUGGAUCACAAAGAGGAGCAGAUCAGAAACAUCACCGCUGCCAGGGGCAACAGGAUAAAGGAACUUGAGGACGAGCUGAAAUGGAUGAAGACUAAAUUUAAAAAAGAAGAGGAAGAAUACAUUAAGAAAUACGAGGACUUGUUGGAGGCUGUGAAGCAGUGUAGUGUUUACCUGGAGGCUCAGUAUCAGACCCAAACUGAGCAGCUGCACAAGGCGGAGAAACAGAUUGUCCAGCUGCAGGGGAGAGUUCAGAGUCUGGCUGCACAGCUACGCUGCAUACAGGAAGAGCAGCAGAAGACCAUGAGACAGAAAGACGAGACCAUCCAGAGGCUUGCUGCAGAUGUUGAAGCAGCUCAGAGCGGCUGGUCCAGGUACAUCAGCCAGGUGUCCAGUGAGAUGGUGGUGAAGAACACAGAGAUCAUCAGUCUGCAGGAGAGAGAAACCAGACUGAGGACGGAGUGUGAGAAGAUCAGAGAGGAGACAGAAAGGUACAAGCAGCAGCUGGGUGCUGGUCUGCAGAGAGAGAAGUCUUUAGAACAGCAGCAGGUCCAGGAUCAGCUGGAGUGGCAGAGACGCUGUGAGGACAUAAAGACCCAACAAUACCUGUCUAAUGAGCAGCUGAUACAGGACCUGAUCCAGGCCAGAGACCAGGCUCAAGCAGAGCUGAAGGAGAAAGACCAGGAUCUGAAGGAUCUGACCGUCUUACUACAGUCUGUUAAAGCAGAGAGAGACCAGGCGUUACAGGGUCUCACACCACGGGUAAACUCUCUGGACUCAGACAGGAUCAGCUGUCUCCAGCAGCAGAACAGCAUCCUGCGCUCCGUGGUCACCCAGAUGAAGAAGGACAUGGAGGGUCUCCUCCAUCUCCUACCCUCCACCAGAACCCAGCCACAGGCCUCCUGUCCUCAGCCGGUCCAGCAUCCAGAACCCCCUGGUACCACCUCCACCACUCCUACAGCCAACACUGUGAUGGCCACCGGACCACAAACACAACCCACCAACAUCUCCUUUAAAAUCAGCCCAGCAGGUGGUCCGUGUCUGGAGAAACCUGCCAACAACUCUGCUCUAGCGAGGGAGGAGGUCAAAGUGGCUCAAACGGAGUCUGCUCUCACCAACCUCAUGGAGCAGAGGGCUCUGGUGCGACAGCUCCAAGAGGAGAAGCUGUAUUUGCGGCAGCAGGCCUCCAAACUGAAGUCUGGUGGUUUGCAGGACAGUAUGCAGGGUAAAAGCAACCCUCCUCUCCUGUACAGCAGGCUGAAGCAGGCCGCGUCCUGUAUCGCUGCUCUGAGCCGAGAGAAACAGCAGCUGAUAGAGAUGGUCAACUGUCUCCGUGCCCAGAUCCACAAUACAGGACUACAGGGAGGGACCGACCCAGAGGAGCCAGAGAAGGACUCCUCCACAGAGGAACCAGGAGACCAACAUGGUCGCCUGUUUGCUCUGGAGCUGCUGCAGCACCAGCUCACCACACAGGAGCUGCAGUAUGCUCUGAGGCAGAGCUCCGGCCCCCCCGCUCAACAUCUCCUGCCUGGGAAAGGCAACCAAAGUGUUGCCACAGAAGGAUCUGGCAACCCAGGGCCCCUGGAGUCCAGGUCUGUGAUGUCAUCAUCAGAGUCUCUGAGGUCAUUAAACCAGCUCUGGGAGAUCCUGGACCAUGGAGUCAGUCCGUCACUGAUGUCAGAAGGUGAAGGUGAGCUGAGCAGGAGGACCGUGGCUGAUGGAGUCCAGAUAAUUCAUGGUGUCAGUGCUCCAGUACAUAGCCAGGCCCCAACAGAGGUCCAUCAGAAGAAGAACCCACCAAACACCACCAAGACCACCAGCAGGACCAGAACCAGGUUGGUUUCUGCAGUGAAGGAGCAGCUUUUCCUCCUGUUGAGCUCCUCGUGCAGCGACCGGUUCCACCAGUCCAACACUGGAACACUCAGAGCUUCUACCUCCAGGCCAGAAAACAUCUUUCAUGAGGAAAUGAACUUCUAUUCAACAUGUGCUAUGAAAUUGGAAGUGGGCUGGUAA